CACUCGACAAGCAAAAUGGCGAGCGAGGCAUCAACGACACAGACUCCGGUCAAGAUUGGCACACGCAAGUCUGUCCUCGCAAGAGUGCAGACAGACAUUGUGUGCAAGGAAUUGCGCAAAGCAUGGCCCGACCGACAGUAUGAGAUCCACGCCAUGAGCACCAUGGGCGACAACAACCAGACCACUGCUCUGCACGAGUUCAAUGCAAAGGCUCUGUGGACCCAUGAGCUCGAGGCUCUUCUCGAGAAGGGCGACUUGGAUCUCAUUGUCCACAGUCUGAAGGACAUGCCUACUCAGCUGCCUCCUUCCAUGAGCAUUGGCUGCAUCUUCCCUCGCGAAGACCCUCGCGACGCCCUUGUCGUCAAGCCCACCUUCCCCUACAAGUCCCUUUCCCAAUUGCCCGCUGGCUCUGUCAUUGGUACCUCCUCCGUCCGCCGCUCUGCCCAGCUCAAGCGCCUAUACCCAGAACUCAAGUUCGCCGAUGUACGUGGCAACGUCGGCACUCGUCUUGCCAAGCUCGACAACCCCGAAGGCGAAUACACUGCCCUGAUCCUGGCUGCAGCAGGCCUUUCGCGUCUCGGCAUGUCCGACCGCAUUACCAGCUACCUCGACAGUGCAUCAGGCGGUAUCCUACACGCAGUAGGACAAGGCGCUUUGGGUAUUGAAGUCCGCUCCGAUGAUGAGNNGGAUGUCAAGAAAUUGCUCUCGGCUGUUGGCUGCGAGUGGACCACCCGUGCCUGUCUUGCCGAGCGCAGUCUGAUGCGCACUCUUGAGGGUGGCUGCAGUGUACCCAUUGGCGUCGAGACCGAAUGGGUGCGCAAGAAGUCCUCUCUGGGCACCACUAUCGGCACGGGUGUCGGUGUUGGCGCAAAGCCUGCUGCCGAGUACGACAAGCUCAGUGGUGUCGCCGUGACCGGCCGCACCACAGAGGAUGAAGGCGAACACCAGGGCAGCGGUUCUGAGUUCACAGAAGAACUGAUCAUGCGUGCGCUUGUCGUCAGUCUGGAUGGCAAGAGGCACGUCGAGACCGAGAUGCAGAGACGCAUCACUAGCAGAGAAGAGGCUGACGAGUUUGGCUGGGAUGUUGCAAAGAAGCUGGUCGAGUUGGGCGCUGAGUCCAUCCUUCACGAUAUCAAUCUGAACAGAAAGAUUAUCGAGGAGCAGGGUGACGCUUAA